CUGGAAGAGCAUCACACGAGUGAUUUCACCUUAGAGAAUAAAAUGGGUGAUUUUCUUUCUAUUCGUUUCCAGAGUUUCUGUGUCCUGGGAAAGGCAAAGUUUGCUUUGCUUGGACAUAUGUGUUAUCAGUAAACAACUACAGUUUAACUAAGGUGCUAAACUCUACAGUCUCCAGAAAUCAGAAGAAAAUUUCAAGGAAACCCCUUGGAGUCACACCUUUCCUACUGAACUAUGGCACCUCUGAGCCAGAUGAGGGGCCACAUCAACUUCACCUGUGAGUCAGAGAACUCCACAACUCUGAGCUGUGCCCAUCCACAUGCCUAUUAUGCCCUCUCCUACUGUGCUCUCAUCCUCGCCAUCAUCUUUGGCAAUGGACUGGUGUGUGUAGCUGUGUUGAAGGAAAAGGCUCUGCAGACCACCACCAACUACCUGGUGGUAAGCCUAGCUGUAGCAGAUCUACUUGUGGCAACUUUGGUGAUGCCCUGGGUGGUAUACCUGGAGGUGACUGGUGGAGUAUGGAAAUUCAGCCGCAUUUGCUGUGAUGUUUUUGUCACUCUAGAUGUCAUGAUGUGUACGGCCAGUAUCCUGAACCUCUGUGCCAUCAGCAUUGACAGGUACACGGCGGUGGUCAUGCCUGUUCACUACCAGCAUGGCACAGGACAGAGUUCCUGUAGACGUGUGGCCUUCAUGAUUACAGCAGUUUGGGUAUUGGCCUUUGCUGUGUCUUGCCCGCUCCUCUUCGGCUUCAACACUACAGGGGACCCCAGCAUCUGCUCCAUCUCCAACCCUGAUUUUGUUAUCUACUCUUCGGUAGUGUCCUUCUACCUCCCCUUUGGAGUGACUGUCCUUGUUUAUGCCAGGAUCUAUGUGGUAUUGAGACAGAGGAGACGAAAACGGAUCCUCACUCGACAAAAUAGUCAGUGCCUCAGUGUCAGACCUGGCUUCCCACAGCAACCUCUGUCCCCUAGCCGGGCACACAUGGAAUUGAAGCGUUACUACAGCAUCUGCCAAGAUACAGCCCUAAGGAGACCAGGCUUCCAAGAUGAGGAAGGAGAAUUGAAAAAGGCAGGAAGGACUCGAAACUCUCUCAGCCCCAACUUGGCACCCAAGCUCAGCUUAGAAGUUCGAAAGCUCAGUAACGGAAGGCUGUCAACAUCCCUAAAGUUGGGUCCACUGCAACCUAGAUCAGUGCCACUUCGGGAGAAGAAGGCAACCCAGAUGCUGGUCAUUGUGCUUGGAACCUUCAUUGUCUGCUGGCUACCCUUCUUCUUGACCCACGUUCUCAAUACCCACUGCCAAGCAUGUCACGUAUCCCCAGAACUUUACAGUGCCACAACAUGGCUGGGCUACAUGAACAGCGCCCUCAAUCCAGUGAUCUAUACCACUUUCAAUGUUGAGUUCCGAAAAGCCUUCCUCAAGAUACUGUCUUGCUGA